UAUCUAAUGGUGGGGGUUCGUCUCGAAGUCUCGAGUCUCGAAUCGAGUGGUUGAGCAAAGAUAUCGAACAGUAUCAAACUGUUCUCACUGUGAGUUUCGUUCAUCUUUCUGUCAACAGUUCUUGCGAUCUAAAAGAUAUGUCCAAGUAUAAGAUUGUCAUGGUUCGCCAUGGCGAAAGCGAAUGGAAUAAAUUGAACCUUUUCUGCGGAUGGUAUGAUGCUAAUCUGUCAGAUAAAGGCAAAACCGAAGCUGUGUCCGCGGGAAAAGCCCUGAAGGAUGCCGGGUAUACCUUUGAUGUGGCUCACACAUCAGUGCUCACCAGAGCACAGGAGACACUCAAGUCAAUAUUGAAGGAGAUCGGCCAAGAGAAUCUACCUGUUCAAAAAACAUGGCGCUUAAAUGAGCGACAUUAUGGUGGUCUCACUGGCAUGAACAAAGCAGAAACAGCUGCUAAAUAUGGUGAGGAACAAGUGCAGAUCUGGAGAAGGUCAUUUGAUGUGCCACCACCACCAAUGGAAGCAGACCAUAAAUAUUAUGAGACAAUAGUAAAAGAUCCACGUUAUGCUGAUGGACCUAAACUUGAAGAGUUUCCAAAGUUUGAAUCUCUCAAGUUAACUAUUGAGAGAACGUUACCCUAUUGGAAUGAGACAAUUAUCCCACAAUUGAAAGAGGGCAAGAAGAUCAUCAUAGCAGCCCAUGGAAAUAGCUUACGUGGCAUAGUGAAGCACUUGGAUCAAAUGUCCAACGACCAAAUCAUGGGGCUAAAUUUGCCGACUGGUAUUCCGUUUGUGUAUGAGUUAGAUGAAAAUUUCAAACCUGUUGUCUCUAUGAAGUUCCUGGGUGAUGAGGAAACUGUGAAGGCAGCAAUGGCUGCAGUUGCCGCACAAGGAAAAGCUAAAUAAACGUUAUUAAUGUGAAAUAUGUAUCAAUCUGCAAAGGACAUAUAUGUUACAUAAAGUAUCGUUAUAAGUAUUUAUUUUAAGUUAAUUACAAAACUGAGUGAGUCAUUACAAAUGUAAUUCAAGAGAGUGACAAUAACGACAAGUGCGUUCUUUCUUGAAGAAUGCUUACAAAAAUUACAAAUAUAUAUAUAUAUAUGUAUAUAAAAAUAGCGUUAAUUAUAUAUACAGGCUGUAGUCUGUAAACAUCCCACAUUUCCGAAAAUGAAGUGUGUGUCUAAGAAUAUUUCUUAAACUAGAUUUAAUUUCACAUCAGAAUAGUGGUCCCAUCUUCACGAAAUACUUGGUAAUCCUCGACUGUAAUUGCUUCUGCUGUUUAAGAUUACUGUAAAAUUUCUUUAUGUACUUAGUAAAUAAUUUAUGGGUGA